CAAACGAUAGGAAGGAAAACUUCUUUGUUUUGGUCCUGUAGCUUCCAUUUCGUAGCAGCGUGAAGCGCACCUGUGCACAUGCUCAAGAUACUCUGAGAGUAGUCCUUUCACCACGCUCAUCUCAACAUCUGCGACACAGCGGUUAGUAAGGGAGCAGUCAUGGAGAGGAGGGCCCCAAACUACUCCAAAUGGGCGGAAAGGCGAUCCACUGUGGUUUAUGCAAUGCGCUCUGCCACAUUCGGCUCGUGGAGGAUGCUGACUUUGGGCACGGAAUACAGCUCAUGGGCCCAGUCUCCUGAAAGCCUUCGUCAACGACAGGCAGUGAUAAGCGAGAAUGCUGAAGAAACGGACAGCAUCGACAUUGACCCGUCAUGGAGAGAGCAGCAGAUGGACGUUCCUCAACAGUAUGAUGCCAUCCUGCACCUUGACGAGAGAGCAGCUUCAGGAGGGAGUCGUGGUAAUCAUAACAUCAUUCGUACACACGAAGCCCUCAAUAGCACGCCAUGGUCCAAGUCUAACAGAAUGGCUCGCUUCGCAGAAGGUCUACCCACCCGCUUUGGAGCUGGAGCAGGUGGAGGAGGCAGAGGUGCGCCCGGCGCAGGCAGAGGGGGCGCCCGGGCUGGUGGUCCUCCAGGCGGCCAAAGGAUGUACAAGCAGUCGAUGGCUCAGAGAGCCAGGACAAUGGCCAUAUACAACCCUAACCCUGUCAAACAGAACUGCUUCACUGUCAACCGAUCCUUGUUCAUCUUUCGAGAGGACAAUCUCAUUAGGAAGUAUGCUAAGCGAAUAACCGAAUGGCCUCCGUUUGAGUACUUGAUCCUGGCCACCAUCAUCGCCAACUGCAUCGUACUGGCCCUGGAGCAGCACCUACCAGCCAAUGACAAGACCCCCAUGUCAGAACGUCUGGAUGACACAGAGCCCUACUUUAUUGGAAUAUUCUGUUUCGAGGCUGGCAUUAAGAUUAUCGCCUUGGGCUUUGCAUUUCACAAAGGCUCGUACCUCCGCAACGGCUGGAACGUAAUGGACUUUGUGGUCGUCCUCACUGGGAUCCUGGCCACGGUGGGCUCAGACUUUGACCUGAGGACUCUGCGAGCGGUGAGAGUACUGAGACCACUCAAACUGGUGUCUGGCAUCCCCAGUCUUCAGGUGGUUUUGAAGUCUAUCAUGAAGGCCAUGGUGCCUCUGCUCCAGAUAGGCAUGCUGCUCUUCUUUGCCAUACUCAUGUUUGCCAUCAUCGGAGUGGAGUUCUACAUGGGCAAGUUCCACUCCACCUGCUUCACUGUCGACACUGGUGAGCGAGCAACAGCGUUCCCCUGUGGUACGGAGGCCCCAGCCAGGAUGUGUCCUAAUGGUACAGAGUGUACAGAGUACUGGAUCGGCCCCAACUACGGCAUCACCAACUUUGACAACAUCCUGUUUGCCGUGCUCACCGUCUUCCAGUGCAUCACCAUGGAGGGAUGGGUGGACAUCCUCUACAAUGCUAACGAUGCCUCGGGGAACACCUGGAACUGGCUCUACUUCAUCCCCCUGAUCAUCAUCGGAUCCUUCUUCAUGCUCAACUUGGUCCUGGGUGUCUUAUCAGGGGAGUUUGCCAAAGAAAGAGAGCGUGUGGAGAAGAGGCAGGACUUUCUAAAGCUGCGCAGACAGCAGCAGAUAGAGAGAGAGCUGACAGGAUACCUGGAGUGGAUAUGCAAGGCAGAGGAGGUGCUGCUGGAGGAGGAGGAUGAGAAUGCGGAGGAGAAGUCCCCUCUGGACGUGUUGAAACGAGGCAAGGUAAAGAAGAGUAAGAAUGACCUGAUUGGUGCUGAGGAGGGAGAGGAUCACUUCACUGACAUGUCCUCUGUUGCCCCCCCAGGCUCUCCGUUUGGCCGAGCCAGCGUGAAGAGCAGUAAGCUGGAGAGCUCAUCCUACUUCCGCCGCAAAGAGAGGAGAAUGCGUUUCUUCAUCCGUCGCAUGGUCAAAGCCCAGAGCUUCUACUGGAUAGUACUAUGUCUGGUGGGCCUCAACACACUGUGUGUGGCCAUCGUCCACUACGACCAGCCUGAGUGGCUCACCACUGCCCUCUACCUGGCAGAGUUUGUGUUCCUGGGUCUGUUCCUGUCUGAGAUGAGCCUGAAGAUGUAUGGCCUGGGAGCCAGGAACUACUUCCAUUCCUCUUUCAACUGCUUCGACUUUAGUGUGAUAAUAGGGAGUAUACUUGAGGUGGUGUGGUCUAUGAUCAAACCAGGGGCAUCCUAUGGCAUUAGUGUGCUGAGGGCUCUUCGUCUGCUUAGGUUAUUCAAAUUUACCAAGUACUGGAACUCCCUGAGGAACCUGGUAGUGUCUCUUCUCAACUCAAUGAAGUCCAUUAUCAGCUUGCUCUUCCUCCUCUUCCUCUUCAUCGUUGUCUUUGCCCUGCUGGGCAUGCAGCUCUUCGGAGGACAGUUUAAUUUUGAAGAGGAGACGCCGACGACCAACUUCGACACUUUCCCGGCGGCCAUUCUCACCGUCUUCCAGAUUUUGACUGGCGAGGAUUGGAAUGCAGUGAUGUAUCAUGGUAUUGAGUCCCAGGGGGGCGUACGGCGAGGGAUGUUCUCCUCGGUCUACUUCAUCGUCCUCACACUCUUUGGAAACUACACGCUCCUGAAUGUCUUCUUAGCUAUCGCCGUCGACAACCUCGCCAAUGCACAGGAGCUCACCAAGGAUGAGGAGAAGCAGGAGGAAGAAGCCAAUAAGAAGCUGGCCCUGCAGAAGGCCAUGGAGGUGAAGGAGGUCAGCCCCAUGUCAGCAGCCAACAUCUCUAUCGCUGCUUUUGUAAAGCAAAAUCGAGAUGCACUCUCUCGCAGCUCGUCCGUCUCCAGCGUGCAUUCACCUAAGGAGCAGCAGAGAGCCAAUAAGAUAAUGUCAGUGUGGGAGCAGCGCACCAACCAACUGCGUCGAAACAACCUGAGAGCCAGCUCCGAGGCUCUGUUCAACGAGCUGGACCCCGAGGAGCGUCUGCGGGUCUCCUCCGCCCUCCACCUGCGCUCCGAUAUGAAGACCCACAACGACCGCCCCCUAGUGGUGGAGCCAGGUAACGGGGACAAUCCCCGACCCCCCGAGGAGGACAGAGACGGAGCAGACCCCCAGAAAGAGGGAGGAGACCCCCACGGUCCACAGCCACGCAAGCACUACCGUCACCGGGAGAGGAACGGGGAGAAUGAGGAGAGCAGGCAUCACACCCACCACAGCCGCAGUAGGGACCACUACCACACAGACGGGCCCCGGUCCAAAGAGGGCAAGGUGGAGAGGAACCAUAGUCGAGAGGGGGGGCAGGGCCACAGGCACCAUCACCAGGCUGAAUCCCCAGAGGAGGGGGUUAAUGGAGGGGGAGAGGGAAGGGAAGACCGCCACCACCACUCCGACAGACAGGGGAACGGGGCCCUGGCUACCAGGGACAGACUGGAGAGCAGGGGCCGGGGCCACAGGGAGGAGAACGGAGAAAGGAGGAAGCACCGCUCACGCAGAGUCAGGGCCCAGUCAACCCUGGAUGGAGACGAGUGCAGAGAGAACGGAGAGAGAAAUGGAGACAGGGACCAAGGACACAGGGACAGGCAGACCGACUCUCAAAGGGAGAGCUUGGCCACCAGUCCUGUGCAGCCUCCUGCAGGUCUGCAGGCUGGAGAGAAGCAAGAGGAUGCUGACAACCAGAAGAACAGCCACAGAGCCAGCCAGGCAGGCCUGAACAGCAACACUGUCCACAUCCCUGUCACCAUCACCGCCCCAUCCAGAGAGACCACCAUCAUACCCAUGGAUAACAUAGACUGUGAGAACCUCCCCCUGAACGAGGAGAAGAAGGACUUGGAGGAGGAGCUGAAGAACGGUCCCAAACACAUUCUCCCCUACAGCUCCAUGUUUGUGUUUGGACAGACCAACCCGGUGCGUCGGCUGUGCCACUACGUGGUGAACCUGCGUUACUUUGAGAUGUGUAUCCUGUCGGUCAUCACCAUGAGCAGCAUAGCCCUGGCUGCUGAAGACCCUGUGCAGGCCAAUGCACCACGCAACAACGUGCUCAAGUAUCUGGACUACGUCUUCACAGGAGUGUUCACCUUUGAGAUGGUGAUUAAGAUGAUAGACCUGGGACUGCUCCUUCAUCCUGGUUCUUACUUCCGGGACCUGUGGAACAUCCUGGACUUUAUUGUGGUCAGUGGAGCUCUGGUGGCGUUCGCCUGCUCAGGAACUAAAGGCAAGGACAUCAACACCAUCAAGUCUCUCAGGGUGCUGCGAGUUCUAAGGCCUCUGAAGACCAUCAAACGACUGCCAAAACUCAAGGCCGUGUUUGACUGUGUGGUCAACUCUCUGAAGAACGUGCUCAACAUCCUCAUUGUCUACAUGCUCUUCAUGUUCAUCUUCGCUGUGAUCGCUGUGCAGCUGUUCAAGGGCAAGUUCUUCUACUGCACCGACGAGUCUAAAGGUCUGGAGAAGGACUGCAGGGGUAAGUUUCUGGACUAUGACGGUGAUGAAGUGGCGGCCCAGGAUCGUGAGUGGAAGAAGUAUGAGUUCCAUUAUGACAAUGUGCUGUGGGCCUUCCUCACCCUAUUCACCGUCUCCACCGGGGAGGGCUGGCCAAUGGUCCUAAAGCAUUCUGUGGAUGCCACCUAUGAGGAUGAGGGUCCCAGCCCAGGCUUCCGUAUGGAGACCUCUAUCUUCUAUGUGGUCUACUUUGUGGUCUUUCCCUUCUUCUUUGUCAACAUCUUUGUGGCUUUGAUCAUCAUCACCUUCCAGGAGCAGGGAGACAAGGCCAUGUCAGAGUGUAGUCUGGAGAAGAACGAGAGAGCUUGUAUCGACUUUGCCAUCAACGCCAAGCCUCUGACGCGCUACAUGCCAGCAGACAAGCAGUCGUUCCAGUAUAAGAUGUGGCAGUUUGUGGUGUCGCCGCCCUUUGAGUACUCCAUCAUGACCAUGAUCGCACUCAACACUGUGGUGCUGAUGAUGAAGUUUCACGGUGCUCCGGAGCUGUAUGAGGCCAUGCUGAAGCACCUGAACAUUGUGUUCACAGCUCUCUUCACACUAGAGUGCAUCCUCAAGAUCAUCGCUUUCGGACCACUGAAUUACUUGAAGGCAGCUUGGAACGUGUUUGACUUUGUGACAGUAUUGGGGAGUAUCACAGACAUCUUGGUCACAGAGAUUAAGACGGACAAGCUGAUCAAUCUGAGUUUCUUGAGGCUGUUCAGGGCAGCCAGGCUCAUCAAGCUGCUGAGGCAGGGCUACACCAUUCGCAUCCUGCUAUGGACCUUUGUCCAGUCCUUCAAGGCCCUACCUUAUGUCUGCCUCCUCAUCGCUAUGCUCUUCUUCAUCUACGCCAUCAUCGGCAUGCAGGUGUUUGGAAACAUUGAGCUGAAUGAGGAAUCAGCCAUCAAUCACCACAACAACUUCCAGACCUUCUUCCAGGCUCUGAUGCUUCUGUUCAGGAGUGCAACAGGUGAGGCGUGGCAUGAGAUCAUGCUGUCGUGUCUGAGUAACCGUCCGUGUGAUAAGCUGUCAGGGACCGGAGGGAAGGAGUGCGGCAGUGACUUUGCUUAUUUCUACUUUGUCUCCUUCAUCUUCCUCUGCUCCUUCCUGAUGCUCAAUCUGUUUGUGGCGGUCAUCAUGGACAACUUUGAGUACCUGACCAGAGACGCCUCUAUCCUGGGGCCUCACCACCUGGACGAAUUCGUCCGUGUUUGGGCCGAGUACGACCCUGCUGCCUGUGGCCGUAUGACCUACCUCGAUAUGUACGAGAUGCUCCGUCACAUGUCCCCUCCACUAGGUUUGGGAAAGAAAUGCCCGCCCAGAAUCGCCUACAAGCGAUUGGUUAAGAUGAACAUGCCCAUUGCCGAUGACAACACGGUGCACUUCACGUCCACUCUGAUGGCGCUCAUCCGCACUGCUCUGGAGAUCAAACUGGCGUCUGGAGUCCUGGCCCAGCGUCUGUGUGACGCUGACCUGAGGAAAGAGAUCUCCAGAGUCUGGCCCAACCUGCCUCCGAAGACUAUCGACCUGCUGGUCACACCAUAUAAAAAUGACGAGUUCAAUGAGCUUCUUUGCCCCUUUGCGGUUGUAAACCGAGAGCUGACAGUGGGGAAGGUCUACGCUGCCCUCAUGAUCUUUGACUACUACAAGCAGAACCGGGCCAAGAGACUGGAACAGCAACUGGGACUGGACUUCACAGGGACAAUUAAGAAUAAAAAGGGCCCAGCCUUCUUCUGCCCCAUGCCCAUGAACCAUAUGCAGGAGGAGGGGACAACAGUCUCCAGAGCCAUUCCCCUGCCAUCCUCCCAACCUGAACCAGAGUCUCAGGCAGAGCCCACGCCAUCCACCACCUCUCUAACCAAUGGGGAAGCAGUACCAAGCACUAGAAGUCCCAUAAAAGAGUCAGGAGAGCAACUGUCUCAGGAGGGCCAACGGUCCAGCAGUAGAAAAAGGAUUCUACAGAGGGGCCAGUCAGAGGACGUGCCCUACUCCAACAAACCUCAGGAAUCAGUGGAGAUGAGGCAGGUGGAGAACGGUGCUGAUAUAGGGGGCUACUCUGGUCUGGAUGGCCAUGGCAGAGCAGCCUCCAUGCCAAGACUGGACUCCCAGUACAAUCGGAACCACCCUCGUCACCUACCUGGGACCUACCUGGCACCUAUUGCUGACAUCAGUCCUAUCAGGCGGUCGGCGUCCACGUUGGCUUCCCAGUGCCACCGGGAGAUGAGUCUGAGAGACUACACCCUGGAGCGGCCCAGCCAGGCCCAAGCCCAGGCCUCCUCAGCCCCAGGUCAAGCCCAGGACAGGCCCCACCACCAUCACCACCACCGCUGUCACAGACGCAGGGACAAGAAGCAGAAGUCGCUUGACAGGGCAACCAGCGUUCAGCCUUCUAGUACAGCAUGUGAGAGGGGUUCGUCUGUUGACCCCCUUGUGGAGGGCUUGACCAGGGAGCGGGCGAGGGAGCGUGACCGCGGCCGGCCUCAUGAGAAGAGGCACCACUCUGCAGCCGGGGAGACGAAGCGUUACUACUCCUGUGAGCGCUACGUAGGCAGGGAGCACUGCCACACCAAGUCAGCUGGCCCCAGCCGCUCCACCUCCCCUGGAGAGACCCACGACCUAGGCCUCUUGAAGCAGAGUAUCAGGAUGAGUAAAGGCAGCCAAGUGGUCCUAACCUUUGGAUCUAGCCCAUCCUGCCGUGGGCGCAGACAGCUCCCCCAGACCCCCCUGACCCCCCGCCCCGCCGUGGCCUACAAGACUGGAAACUCCUUGCCCAUGCAGUUUGGUUCCACAGGGCACCAGUCCUUUCUCAGUCGUGGACUCUCAGAGCGUAACGCCCUGCUGGAGUCACCCCCCAUACCCGUCACCCUCAUUGGCUUAGACCCAAACCUGAGCCCCUGUCCGCGGAACGCCCCACCAUGCAGACUCCCUGAGGAGCCUGACGACUUCCAGGAUGCUGUGAGCAACCAUGGAGGGAGCCACUCCCCUAGGAUCAUUGCCUCAGCCUCCCAUGGGGCUGCCGGGCACUCUUCUGCACCUGCCCCACAGGGCCGGGUUGGGAUCCCAAACGGGUACCACUUCACUCUUGGGGUCAAUGCCGUUUCAAGCUCCAGCCCCAGAGGGACUGGGAAUUUUCGUGAGAAGGAAGAGGAUGACUGGUGCUAGUGUAGCAUAGCUAACAUCCCCCUCCACAUAUCUGGAAGCGUUUUAGCUUGAACGUUGAUGAACUCGCUCAUCUUUUGUACAGAUGACAGUAUAGUUUUGUUGUUUACUAUGUGCUCUUAGGUGGCCAAGGGUGUGGGGUGUGUUCAAAGAUGUGUAAAACAUUGAAAAAUUACUCUGAAAAGGAAAAUCAUUCAUGUUUUUUGUGAUGUUUUCUCUUAUCUACACAAAGGACACUAAAGGACAAAGGACACCUGCUGUGACAUUUUCUCAAUUCCUUUCUUGCACUGAAAUUAAAGCUUAUUUCAAUAGUGUGCAUAGUCCAGAGGACAUGUGAAAUCCCUCUUGAGUAUUUGACCUUUUUUUUUUAUUAGAUGAAAAAAAAAGCCAAAAUGUCUUCCUACUGUCUGUGGGGGAAAACAACUAAGACUUUAAACAGUGUUUCUCUGCAGGAUUGAGCAGAAAAAUCUUUAUUUCACCCUAUAUUACAGUUUUAAAAUGGGGCUACAUACUAUUGCUGUCUAAAGGACAAAACACACUGUGCUGUCAUACGACUAAAAGCAGCUGGUGGCCUAUCGCCUCUGACCACAGACCAUCGGCCGCCAUUUUCUACACAAUGAAUAGCCAAUGUUCUUUGACACCCAGCAGGUGAUCUACUGCGUAUGGUGUGUGUUUUCCUUUCAUGUGUCUGCUGGGUCUAGAAGUAAAAUGAGAGGAACCAGGAGGCACAAGUGGUGAUAAAAAUGCAUUACCACUCAAAUCCCCUCCCUCUCUGCAAAAAAUCUAGUAUCUCUUUUACUCUUUUUUACACAAGCUUCCGGUAUUACAGAAACAUACAUAAGGAUAGUAUAGGAUAGUAUAGGAUAGUAUAAGUAGGUCUAGUAUUGCUGCUGUUUUUCCAUGUAACCAAUGUUAAACCAUUUCUCAACCACAACAAUAAAAACACAGGACUGGAGAUUCUAAUAUAUUUUCUAUGGAACUAUAACAUUCGAUGGAACAUCUUUUCAGGAUGUUCAUUAUUUUGUGAGUUGUACCUAGUGUAAGUGAUGAGUGUAGUUGGGUAGGUCAGCUGUUUCUAACGUAUUGCUCUAAUGGCUGAAUACCAAGUGCCUAUCAUUAAAGAUGUGUUAUUGUAAAGCUAUAAUGCAGCCUGACUUUUGAUGUAUCAACACUGGAGAGGAGAGGGUGGAACGUAUGAUAUGAGGUAUACAGUAUAUGAUGUAUAUAAUAACUGGUUAUGCAUAUGAGUAGAAAUGUAUAUAGUUGAAAAGCAAAGAGAGGUUUACAUAAUUUAAGGACUACAGUAUGAAUUGCUGGUUUGGAAUGAACAAAGCCUUUUCUUUGAUUCUCCAAGGAGGGAAAGGUUUUUGGUAAUCAUGUACAACAUGAUUAUGUACAAUAUAGAAGUUAUAAGUAGGUCAGAACUACAGAUCCAAAGAAAUGUAAUGCAUUGUAAUGCAUGCCAGGGUCUUGAACUUGUCAAAGUUGUCUGUACUUUUGCUUAAGGGUGUAUACAGAGCUUUUGCCUUUCUCUUCCAAAAAUAGACAGCACUGCCAGAGUGAGAUGUAGGGAAAAGUGGUUCCAGGGGAAAAAGUGCCCUUCGUGAUUCCUUCCAACAAGGAAAGUUUCACUUUACAUGUUCUUAUCGAUAUCAACAAUAUAUUCAAAUGUAUGCCUCCAUAUCUUUCAGAUAAAGUAGAGUAAAUGUACAGUACGCUAUUGAAUUCUGCCACUUUUGCCAAUAUCUCAAGGGUUUGUUUUCUUCCAAAUAUAUUUCUCCUGAAAGCAGGGUCGUGUGAAGGGUUUCACUAACUGAUAUAUAGCCUACAACCUUGUGUGUUCGCAGGUAUUGAAGGGUUGUGUUGAGUGUUGACUCUUUAAAGUAGGGCUAUGCAACAAGAUGACACUUUGGGACGGAUUCUCAUCUGCGCUGUAGCUUUACCCUCUCGGGUCUCCAGGUUCAGGCUUUAGCAUGACUUUUUACCAAAUUUUACAUAGGAUUUAUUAACAAAGAUUUGUCAAAUGUAAAUGUAGUAUAUAAUGUACGUUGAAAAUGCAUUAAUGAAGGCACAAUGGUUAUAAAUGGAAUUAUGUCAAACAGGGCAUUUUGAGUUCAGCAAGUCGAUUUGCAUGUACUCUGAUAGAACCACCCAGAUGGACAAAUGUUUGUUUUUAUUGUACUAAAUCAGAAAUAGCAUUUAUUUCGUUUUCUAGAGUCAGAUAUAUCGUGCAAUCUAUUUGAUGGAUGGUCAAAGGUGAAAUAUUAGACUUUGAAUUGAAGUUAUUAAAUGUGAACAUGGCUAUUUGUAGGAUUGCAGGAAUCUUCCUUUGGCCUCUGUGUGCCAAUAUGGUGUCAUAGUGGGGGAUAUAACGAGUGUGUACCCCUAGAUCUGUGAACACACCCAUCAUCUUUUAAACCUCACUCACCCCACCCUCCCAGUAAAUAGGUCGGCAAUUUUAAAACCACAGCGGUUUGUCUCGGCAUACCUCAUCCAGGUUUCCCUGUGGCUAUAUUCCCUGGACAUGUCAUGUUUGUAUGUUAUGAAACGUAUGUGCAUGUGCAAAACAAAAACAUUGUGUACAGAAUGUAGUGUAUGAAGAUAAACAAUCUGUUCACUGGUUGUAUUUGCUGAAGAUCUUUAAUGCACAUGUCUUUGUUUCUGGAAAGUCAAAGAGCUUGAAUUACAUUUCAAUGGAAGUAUCGAACUAUAUUUGGAGGUUCUGGUCUGGAGCAACUGGGUCCUUUGCUGCCUGAUAUGUUAUAGGCCUAUGACUGUCAAUCCUACAGUUGUUUCUACCAUUACAUUUUGUAUGAAUAGAAGUCCUUGAAUAAAGAUAUAUGAACAUGAUUGAA